CCAAAGAUGGCGCCGGCGUUGGAUCUGCCGUAUGAGAUCAGAAAUGUCACCCCUGAGGAGGACAAGCUCAUCAAGAAGUGUGUGAUAGGUCACACGAAGCCGUUCGUGAAAUGCGGCAAAAAGGGAUAUGUGAUGCCGGGCGCGUUCCGGAACCACGCGCGGGCCAUACACGACAUGGAGGUGCGGCCGGAUGAUGUGUGGGUCAUCACCUUCCCUAGAUCAGGGACCACAUGGACACAAGAGAUGGUAUGGCUGCUGGAGAACAAUCUCGACUACGCCGCAGCGAGAAACACACCGCUUUUUGAAAGAUUUCCGAUGUUAGAGAUUUCCUCCAUGGUCCCCGAAAUGGCGAUCGAGCUGAUCAAAGCGGACUUCCUGAACCUGGCCAGCUUUCAGGGUCUGAACAAGGCCGUCAGGGUCCAGAGCUGGGAGUCCAUAGACAAGGCACCGUCCCCCCGGUUCAUCAAGACCCAUCUGCCCCUUUCCCUCCUACCUCCGGACCUCCUGGAUAAAGCGAAGGUCAUCUACGUGGCGCGGGAUCCGAGGGAUAUAGCUGUAUCGUACUAUUAUCUACACAAGAUGGUGGGCAAAACGCUGUAUCGAGCUUCAUUUAAAAACUUCUGGAACGUGUUCAAGAAGGAUUUGUUGCCAUGGACGCCGGUGGUCACUCACAACAACGAGGCGUGGUCGCAGCGACACAACAAGAACCUACACUUUGUCUUCUACGAGGACAUGAUUAAGGAUCUACGGAAGGUCAUCCACGGCAUGUGCCACUUCCUCGGCCGCAACUACCUGGACGAGCAGAUCAACACGCUGGCAGACCACCUCAGCUUCGACAGCCUCAGGAAGAACAAGAAUGUGAACAACACCACCGACGGCAACAAUAACAUACAGUUUAUUAGGAAAGGUGAAGCAGGCGGCUGGGUGACACACUUUGAUCAGGAAAUGAGAGAUGAGGCUAAUGACUACCUAUCUACCCGUCUCUGUGGCCUGGACCUUCGGUACCCCUCCUAUAACGAGGACCACAUAGAAUGUUCUAGACUUUAAUUGGAAAGAAGUUCCUUAUCGCGCGUUGCGAAAGGGGGCUAGACGGUAAAAGUUCUAACGACA